AUGGAAUACCAAGAAGAACAGAAGCCUGAUCCUAGAUCUCCGACUCAGUUUGGAGGCUCGAUGGAUGGCGGUGAUAGCAAUGACUCGGCUCUCUCAUUACUGGAUGAGAAACGAGAGAAGCAUUUGAUUCGCAAGAUUGACCUACAUAUCAUUCCUUUUGUCGUUCUUUUAUAUCUGUUUAGCUUUCUUGAUAGAGUCAACAUUGGCAAUGCCCGUCUAUAUGGGAUGGAAGAAGAUCUGGGCCUGGUCGGAGAUCAAUACCAGAUUGCAGUAUCUAUUCUGUUUGUAACUUACUGUCUCUUCGAAGUGCCGUCAAACUUGGUUAUCAAGAAGCUCAGGCCAUCACGCUACAUUGCGUCGAUAUCGGUUAUUUGGGGCAUCAUAGCGACUCUCACUGGAAUAACCCAGAAUUAUGGAGGCCUCAUCGCUUGUCGCAUCCUUCUAGGCGUCGUGGAAGCCGGACUGUUUCCUGGAAUGGUUACCUAUCUCACUAUUUUCUAUAGCAAGCGUGAAAUAGCACUGCGCACAGGCUACCUAUUCAGCAGUGCAGCCGCUGCCGGCGCAUUUGGCGGACUUUUAGCUUACGGCAUCGGCUUCAUGGACGGCGUCGCCGGUCUACGAGGUUGGAGAUGGAUCAUGAUCAUAGAAGGCAUUCCAACCGUCAUACUAGGGGGCCUAUCCUGGUUCUUUCUCGCGGAUGACCUCGAUACAGCCUAUUACCUGGACGAUGAGGAGAAGGCCCUAGUAGUUCGACUCCGUCGUCGCGACGUGGGCCAAACAUCGUCCGCCCAAAAAUUUCACUGGGCAGACGUCAAAGAAGGUGCGCUGGACUGGAGAAUCUACGCCUUCUGCAUUGCUCAAUUUGGUGUCGACACUAUGCUAUACGGGUACAGCACCUUCCUCCCAACCAUUAUCCAGGGCAUGGGGUCGUGGACAACACCCGAAGUGCAGGCUCUUACGAUUCCUUGCUAUGCGGUGGGCGCAAUAAGUUAUCUGAUAAUUGCUUGGGCGAGCGAUAGAACUCAGCGUCGCGGAGUAUUUACUUGCAUCUUUGCCGCAAUAUCAGUGGUUGGCUAUGGAAUCCUGAUAUCGGAUUCUUCGUCAGGAGUACACUACUUCGGCGCCUUGCUUAUUGCCCUAGGAUUAUAUGUGGCUGUCGGAUUACCUCUCGCAUGGCUCCCGACCACUCUUCCUCGUUAUGGAAAGCGUACAUUCGCCACGGGGCUGCAACUGACUUUCGGCAACGUCAGCGGCGUCAUGUCUCCUUUCUUAUACAAGACGAAUGAAGCACCGCGUUAUGUUCGGGGCAAUGCAGUGACUCUGUCGCUGGUUGGAUUUGCCGGUGUUGUGUAUGGUCUUAUGUGGUGGUACUAUCAUGGGAAGAAUAAGCGCAGAGAACAGGGACUGGAAGAUGAAAAGAUUGUAGGGAUGUCAGAAGAAGAAAUUGAGGAAAUGGGAGACAGAAAUCCUCGGUUUAAAUAUAGUACCUGA